ACACAUAUAUAUAUACAUGUACAUAUAUAUUUCUAGUUAUACUACUUGUUUUUGCUUUUUUUGUUCUUGAAUAUUCUAUGCCCUAACUUCUGUCCUAAUGCCUAAGAAGGAGCUAGCGUUAGGAUUAUUUAAUAAUUUAACAAUGUACCCUCUCCUUAGAUUCCAUGAGUGAAUAGCAUAUAUUUUGAGUCAAAUGCCAGGUUUCUGUAAAAUUUUCUUUUUCCUGCAGCGACAAUACAGGAGGUAAGACAUCUUGCAUGCUGCGAACCUUAGUUCAUUCUGCCGGCACAUGUGGCCCCUUCAUGCUCUGUCAGGAGUGAUCCUUGAGUAUAGAGCUGAGAGAGAGCCCCUAAACACAAUAAAAAUAUUUCAUUGUAUUUUUGUUCUUGAACCAUAUCUAGUCGUGCUCAGGGGCUAUUUCUGGGUCUGUGCUUAGAAGUGAACUGGGGACUUAGGGGACCAUAGGAAUCAUAUCAGGGUUGGCCUAAGUGGCCACAUGCAAGGCCAAUGCCUCACCUUCUGUGCUGUCUCUCUAAGCCCAGAUUAUUUUCUUUUUAUAAUUUAUGCCUGGUGUUAGGGGAAAUAAUUCUAAAGGCUAAAGUGCAUGCUUUGUUUGUAGGAGUCCCGGGUUCAGUCCCUGGUACACCACUAGGGUGAGCACUGAACUGGAUAUAGACCUGAAACUAAGCCAAACAAUUAUUUGUGCCUGCUAAAAUGUAAAUAAAAUGGUGAGAUAUGAAAAUUAAGCUGGCUAACUUGAGAGGCUUUGUUAAUACUGUAUGAUCUGGACAUAUGAUGGAAUUAUUCUUGUAUUCUGUUGAAACCUUUUCUCAGGCAUGCAUCAUAACCCACCUCGUAUGCACAACCACGGGACCAGCCCUGGAGUUAAGUGAAAGAAGUCAGAAACAGUUUAGCAGCAUUAGGAAUACCUCUCAUGAGGAUGCUAAAAGUGCUUUGGAGAUGGAUUUUUCUUAAUUUAUUUUAAUAGUUCUUUCACUCGGGGCUGGAGUGAUUGUAAGUAGAAUCCUGCUUAUCUAUGAGAUGCAGUUAACUUAUCAGUUGGACCUCUUCCCUGAAUGCACAGUGACCCUCCUGUUAUUUAAAGAUGUGAAGAAUGCUGGAGACUUGAGGAAAAAAGCCAUGGAAGGGACCAUUAAUGGUUCAUUAAUAAACCCUAGAAUGAUUGUCGAUCCAUUUCAGAUACUUGUGGCAGCAAAUAAAGCAGUUCACCUUUACAAACUAGAAAAAAUGAAGACAAGAACUCUAGCUACUGAAAUUAUUUUCAACCUUUCCCCAAAUAACAAUAUUUCAGAGGCUUUGAGAAAAUUUGGUAUGUCAGCAAAUGAUACUUCAGUUCUGAUUGUUUACAUUGAAGAGGGAGACAAAAAGAUAAAUCAAGAAUGUCUUAUAUCUCAGGUAGAAGGUCGUCAAAUUUCCCUGAAAGAUCUUUCUGAAAUAACUAAUACUACAGAAGUAAAGAAGAUAUAUAAAGUAACUUCUCAAGAAGAAAAUAUUGGAACAUUAUUGGAUGGUAUCAUUUGUAGAAUGUCAACAAAAGAUGUUUUGUGAAAUGAUGAAAAUAUUAGAUUUUUAGAAUUUGUAAAAUGAUUUAUUUUCUUUCAUGAUUAUAAAAAUUUUAUAGAAAAUACAGAAAAAUUUAUAACAGUGUUUGCAAAAGAAAUACACCCCUAUGCCUUAUCUUUGAAAAUUUUGUUUAUUGGUUGGUUGUUUUUUUUUUUGUUUUGUUUUGGGGCCACACCCUGCGGUGCCUAGAAAUCACUCCUGAUAGGCUCAGGGUACCAUAUGGGAUGCUGGAGAUCAAACCCAGGUCCGUCCCACAUUGGCCUCAUCCAAGACAAGCGCCCUACUGCUAUGUUAUUACUCCAGUCCCAUUACCUCUGAAAAUUUUAAGAGAACUAAAUUAUUGGUUUUUGUCAUUCAUUUUUUAUUUCUAUUCAAACAUGUACAUAUAUAAAAAUUACAAUAAUAAAUGUCAACAUUUCUUAGA